AUGAAUGAUAUGGAAAAAGAGGGAAAAAAGAAUUCAUCAAAAAAGGAAGAAAAUAAUAAAGUAGAGGAUGAGAAUGAAAAAGAAUUGGAAGAAAAGAUCAAAGGGAUGAGUUUGGAUGAGAAAAUAAAAAAUGCGUUAGACUUAAAAUUAGAAGGGAACAAUGAUUUUAAAAAUAAAAAUUAUGAAAGAGCUAUUAGCAAAUAUAAUGAAGGAAUGAAAUAUUUAAAAAAUAUAGAAAAUAAGAAUUCUAAGAUAAACGAGUUAGAAAUAGCUUUAUACCUAAAUCUGAGUAUAUGUUACUCCAAUGUAGAGAAAUAUAAUGAUGCAUAUGAAAACGUAAUGAAAGUGUUAACUAUCGAUAAAAAAAAUGCAAAAGGUAUGUUUCGAUUAUGUCAAAUAGAAUUUAAUAGAUGUAAUUUUGAUAUAGCAAAGGAAAAGAUACAAAAUUUUCUUAAACUAUACCCAGAUAAUGUAGAUGCAAAAAAAUUAUUGAAAAAUAUUAUAAUAAAACAAAGUGAACAUAAUAAAAAACAAAAGGAAGCCUUUUCAAAAAUUUUUGAAAAAGCCUCAGGUCUAUAUGAUGAUAGAGAGAAAGAAAUUAUGCGAAAAAAAAAAGAAAAAUAUGAAAAUGAUAUGAAGUCAAGAAAGGAAAAAAAUGAAAAAAUAAUCGAUUUUGAUGAAUGGGAAGUAUUAGAAAAUGAGAAAAGAAAAAAAGAAGAUGAAGAGCAAAAAGAAAAACAGAAGGAAAAAGAAAGAGAAAGAGAAAAGGAAAGAGAAAAAGAAAGAGAAAAGGAAAGAGAGAAAGAAAGAGAAAAGGAAAAAGAAAAAACAAAAAAAAAAAAAAAAUGUUCAUCAAUUACAUCCAAUACAACGAAUAAUUCCUCUUAUUUAGAUAUAGAUGAAGAAGAUCAAAAAAUUAUAGACGAAACUAAAAAAAUGGGAUAUUGUUAUUUUAAAAAAGAUAUAAAAGAGGAUGAUAAAAAAUUUUAUGAAAAAAAUUUACCAAAAAAAAUCGAAAAUGGGAUUAAUGAUGAUGAUUUACAUUUAUAUAAAAAUGAGAAUAAAGCAAUAUCUUCAUGGAAUGCUGCUGGAACAACAUAUGAAGAAAAAGAUAUGAGUAAAUGGGCCAAAAGUAAAAUAGAAGAAUGUUUAACAAAUAUUCAUUUUAAAAAUAUAGAAAAAUCAGACCACCUAAAUUUAAAUAAUGAAAAUGAAUAUAAUUUGUCAAAUUUACAAUAUCCAGAAAUACUACCAAUUCAGUAUUUAUCAAAAAUUGAUAUAAAUGAAAUAAAUGACUUAUCCGUUGAUGCGCAAAUUGUAGUUAUACGAGGCACCAAAAGACACAUCUUUGAAUUCUCUUGUAAUUUACAUGUUACCUUAUAUGUUAACAUAACAGAAUUGCAUAUUCAUAAAGUUAUAGUUGAAAUAAAAGAACUGUCUAGUGAGUUAGAAGCUGGAAAAACAUGGAAAAAUUAUAUAACUAUCAAAAAAAAUGACAAAUUAAAAAUUUCGGAUAAACUGUUUAACCAUAUUUAUGAAAUGUUAAUGGAUAAGGUAGAAAAUCAAAUCAAGCUAUUCACGGAGGAAUACAGCAAAUUUUGA